AUGGCAGCCGCUCUCCCCACCCGCAAGCUCGGCCAGCAUACCGUCUCCGCCAUUGGAUAUGGUGCGAUGGGUAUCGCCGCCUUCUACGGCAAGCCUCUUCCUGAUGAAGAGCGACUGAAGGGGCGUCGUGAAUGCGAUUCUAUUCUUGAUGGUGUCUACGAGCACGGCUGCAAGUUCUGGGACACGGCAGAUGGCUACAAGGACAGCGAGGAGCUCAUUGGCAAAUGGUUUAAGCGAACUGGAAAGCGCAAUGAUAUAUUCCUCGCGACCAAGUUUGGUCUGCGGUCUGGCGUCCCCAACCGCACCGUCAACGGCGACCCGGAGUAUGUCCACAAGGCAUUCAACAAAUCCCUCGAGCGUCUCGGCGUCGACACCAUUAACUUGUACUACCUUCACCGUCCCGACCCCACUGUGCCGAUCGAGAAGACCGUUGGUGCGAUGGCUGAGUUGGUCAAGACCGGUCAGGUACAGUACCUCGGCCUCUCUGAGUGCUCUGCGGACACGCUUCGGCGCGCACACGCCGUGCACCCGAUCACGGCGUUGCAGGUCGAGUACUCUCCCUUCACGCUCGAUAUCGAGGACGAGAAGGUUGGGCUCCUGAAGGUUGCGCGCGAGCUCGGCGUCACGAUCAUCGCAUAUUCGCCGCUCGGCCGUGGGCUCAUCACAGGGCAAUAUAAAUCGCCCGACGACUUUGACGAGGACGACUUCCGGCGCCAGGUUCCGCGAUACUCGAGGGAGAACUUCCCAAACAUCCUCAAGCUCGCGGAAGGCCUCAAGCAGAUUGGUGCGCGGCACAACGCGACGGCGGGCCAGGUUGCGCUUGCAUGGCUCCUUGCGCAGGGCCCGGAUGUCAUCCCGAUCCCGGGGACGACCAAGAUCAAUCGCUUGAAGGAGAAUCUGGGUGCGGUGGAAGUCCAGCUCGCGCCAGAGGAGCUGCAGGAGGUGCGCAAGAUCGCGGACACAGCGGACCAUGCCCGUGGCGAUCGAUACCCACCCGCGCUUGCAGCAGUGCUCUUUGCGGAUACACCCCUCCUGUAAAGCAGAGCAGUGGUCAAACUGUGCACGAUGUGAAACAGAGUAUAACAUACGAAAGUUGAUGCAUAAUCAAUCACUCAGAUUGUGUUAAGGACCAGAUAAAGUGUACUUGCACAUUAUAAGGACAAUGACAGUGCCUUUGUCCGCUUGUU